CGUUCCCUCGCCUCUCUAAUGUCGUGUCCAGGCUGUAUCCUAAACCGAGCGAGACUGAUUUCUCCCGUAUUGUGUCGCGCUUAAACGGCAGUCUGUCUCACACGGACGGACACGGUGUUGAACGCCGCGGAUUUGACAGCCAUUGUUUGCGAAGACGCCACUUAUCAGCGAUUAGAGACAUUAAACGUUCUAUUGUUGCCAUGGGGACACAUCGCUUCCUUUCGAGUGUUACAGUGUUGCAUUGUCUCGGGCUUCUGUCAAGCCAAUUACGUAAUUCGAGCGUCAGCAGCUGAUGUUACAAUAUUUAUUAUUAUUAUUAUUAAUUAUUUUUUCGCAUCGGUCUCUAUUGUCCCCGUUGUGCUUCGUGUUUAAUAAAACUGUGGACGCCUUUUGUCGCGUUCCCCACGACGACAACGUUGCGAACGUUUUGCGAGAGGUAUUUAAGCGAACGCUGUCGCUUUGGCGUUCCGAAUAAGUUGUCCCUUAAGAACCUCGGCGGCUGAGACAAAGUCAAUGGCAUUUUCCAGUCAGCCUGUCUGAACCCGUCUUCUGCCUAUUCUGAUAGUUUUGGAAAUUUCAUUGUGGGGGUGGACUAAUAAAGAUCUUCGCCCUUCAGUCGUCUGACCUCAAGAGACUGGAAUACACCAUCGCUUUCAGGGGCCAUGAUCGUUCUUUCAGUUCUUCACCUUUAGGGUGGAGGGAAAUGAGGGGAAAUUCUUGUUUGUAACACAUGGUCGUGGGUUGAGUGCCUUUGACAGUGGUGUGUUUGUUUCAUGUCUUCUUUCGCAGAGAUAGAUUGGUUCCGCACUCCAGACUACCAUGUCUCAGGGCCAGAACUUCCUUCCCAAGUUCCUGUUUGUGAGUAACCUCCUGAAGGCCGUGAAAAUUAGAGAGCGGGUGCCCAACGAUGUGGUCAAGCCCUCUGCCAGCGGCGGCCUGAUCCAUCACCUGCGCAGCAUGCACCGCUACACGCUGGAGAUGAUCCGCAUGAGCCAGUUCCCGCAGGCCUUCCGCGAGGUCAUCCAGGCGGCCAUCUUGGACCGGGCCAUGCAGAGCUCGCUGGAGCAGGAGAAGAGGCUGAACUGGUGCCGCGAGGUCAAGAAGCUGGUGCCGCUGAGAACCAACGGUGAUGGGAACUGCCUGCUCCAUGCAGCUUCUCAGUACCUGCUGGGGGUCCAGGACACGGACCUGGUGCUGCGAAAGGCUCUUUAUGCAGUGCUGAAGGAAACAGACACUAGUAACUUUAGAAUGCGCUUUCAAACAGAGCUGCUGCACUCUCAGGAGUUCACUCAGACUGGCCUGCGAUACAGCACUAUGAACUGGGAGGAGGAAUGGGUGAAGAUUGUAGAAAUGGCUUCUCCAGUGUCCAGCAGUAAUGGCCUACAGUUUGACUCAUUAGAGGAUAUUCACAUCUUUGUGCUUUCUAAUAUUCUCCGGAGACCAAUUAUUGUUAUUGCAGAUCAAGUACUCAGAAGUAUGAAGUCUGGUUCCUCCUUUUCACCCCUCAAUGUCGGGGGCAUAUACCUGCCUUUGCAUUGGCCUCCAGGAGAAUGCUACAAAUAUCCCAUAGUGCUUGGAUAUGACUCUCAGCACUUUGCACCUCUGAUUACAAUCAAAGACAGCGGCCCAGAGAUCCGUGCUGUGCCACUGAUAAACCCUGGACGGGGUGGGUUUGAAGAUCUUCGAGUGCACUUUCUGACAGAAAAGGAGCAGCAACAGAAGGAGAAGUUGCUGAAAGACUACCUAAUGCUUAUAGAAAUCCCUGUCAUUGGCCUGGGCUGCGCUCCCACACAGAUCAUCACUGCAGCCAGACUGGAUGAAGGCAACCUCCCUGAGGACAUGAACCUGAUGGAGGACUACCUACAACUGGUCAACCACGAAUAUAAGCGCUGGCAGGAGGAUAAGGAUUCUUUAUGGGCCCCCCAAUCCCAGCGUCCCCCUCCCUUCUCAGUCUCCCAACUCUCUCUCAUUGAGAUCCGCUGUGCCACACCCCGCUGUACCUUCUACGUCUCGGUGGACACUCAACCCCACUGUCACGAGUGCUUCGAAAAGCGGCAGGCGGGUCGUAAGCCAGAGGCCGUUUCCACCACGAAUCAAACCUCAUCCUCGGACCCCGAGAGCCGAGGGAGGCUGGAGCGCUCCGUCCUGCCCAGCCCACGCUCUGCGCCCCCUACGGCCCCCAGUCUAAGCCUUUACAGUGAGACUCAUGCCAUGAAGUGCAAGACGCCCGGAUGCUUGUUCACACUCAGCGUGGAGUAUGACGGGCUGUGUGAACGCUGCUUUACAGCGAGGCAAAACCGAUCGGCUGCUAAUGGGCCGCCGCAAGGCCCCUCUUACAGCUGGUGGGCAUCAGGCAGCCGGGAGCGAGAGAAGGAAAGAGAACGGGAAAGGGACACCGAGAGAUGCAUUAUGUGCCGACAGGAGGUCUUUAGGAUAUUUAAUGGUCUUUGCCCACCCUGCAUGCAGAGGACUGCUGUUUCAGAGAGAGGGGACGCCCAGCAGCAGGAGCCUAGAACCGAGGCUUCAAUAUGGGCACUGCAUAGGGAGACCGAACGCACGGGCCACACCUGGCAGACGCCCGCGGCCCGGCAGUGUAAACGCUCCGGCUGCCAGUUCUUUGGAACACCAGAGAAGCUGGGAUUCUGCACUAUAUGUUAUCUAGACUACCAGACCAAUCACCUGGCCACCCCUGCUAUCGUCCAGCCCAGACACACAUCCGAGGCGGGUUUCCAGAACUGUCCGCGGUGCCGGGGUCAGGGCUGCGGCGCCGAGGGAAAGGCCAUGCUCGAGGGUUACUGCAACAAGUGCUUUGUGAAGGAACAGAGUGCUAGACUCAACCAAGCUGCGAGCAGGGGCUCUCACUCCCCACCUCUCGUCACGCGGGCCUCGAAAGCACGUCCGCCUCCGAUGCUCACCCAGACACCGUGUCGGCGCAGCGGCUGUAAGAACCUCUCCCCCGGCUGCACGGACCUCUGCCCGGACUGCGUCAGCCGCGGCCAGCGAGAGGGUCGCCGUGCCCAGGCACCCAAAGAGAAGAGCAAACAGCGCUGCAAGACGCAGGGCUGCGACCACUACGCCAACCAAGAGAAACAAGGCUACUGUAACGAAUGUGACCACUUCAAGCAGAUUUACUGAGACUGACAGGACGGGUUACUGUUAAAAAAGGCCCAGUUCAUCGCACGUUUGCGUGCAAGCUGGGGAACACUCUUACACACAACACUUUUUGCCCAAAAUCCCCCACCUACAUUGGGCAGGGCCUAAAGAGCCCGGUGGUGCUGUAGAAUUGAUUACCUCUCAAAGUAUGAAGUUUUGCUCAUUUGUAUCAUGUGUAUAGGACCGUCGUGUGAUGUUAGCAUACAGAAACUAAUGAUACACAAUGACGUCUAGUCACACACCUGUGGCAUCUGCUGUUUGUAUCGAACAGGGUAAUUAAUUGCAAACGUUUAUUAGCAAAUUGAGGAGUGUAAGAAGUAAUGAUUUCAGAUUAGCAGCAAAUUUGACCAAAGUUAAUAAACUGAAAGAUAUGUCUAAGCCAGUGUACUUCGCCGCUGUGGACUGCAGAAAGCCAACAGGCCUGAGAAGAAGUACAGGGUAUGCAGAGACCACCGGAGGACAGCAUUUGAUAGUUUCUUCAUAAAAUGUAGGUUAAGUGCCAAUGAGAGCUUGCUAAGCAGAGCUCGGAUUUCAUUUCCUGCUGCACCAUCUGAUGUCUGCAAGCAGCACGGAUCUGUUGCCUUUGAGAAUGUUUUUGUUUACCAUUUUCACAAGUCCUUCUUGCUCUUGAAACUGUUUUCCACUUUUGCUUGCCUUGCUAAACUUCAUAUGACUUGGUCUGUUCUAUUGAAUGGAUAUGAAAAAUUCCUUAAGUGCAAUGAAAACCAGAUACUUGACACCUCCCCGAUGUCUAGAGCAGAUGAAAAUUCAUUUAAAAAAAAAAGUCAAUUUUUGACAAGAACAAACUAUGAGAUGACUGAACUCCCAGUCUGGAUGAACCGCCAAGUGAAAACGAAUCAGUCCAAACCUAAACACACCCAGGUAGGAAGUGUCCGCUCCUAGAUCUGUGAAUUCCCCGUUUGCCGUUCUCGCCCAGCCACUUUCUUUCGGUUGCACUACUCUCCUUUAAACACACAAUGCCUCAGUCUAUUCUUUGCAUACAUUUAGUAUGCACAAACUGACAUUCUCUAUUUGAAUAUUUCUGCGAUAUCUGCACAGACGUAACGAGAGGUCCGUUCAGAUCAUCACAGACUUGCACAAUACUAAAUAAGCUGCUCUGGAAUUAGGAACGGUACUUCUGACUUACAGUACAUAGUGACAUUCCAGUUAUAGACCUAGAGGAAUAUACAUGACAAGAUAGACGUUUUGUGCAACCUUUCAUAUAGAGUAUCGUAUGAAAAGCCUUGUUUUUUUGUUUUUGUUUUUGGUUUGUUUGGUAUUUAUUCACAGCAAAUAUUAACUGUAAUGUGUUUCAAAAAUUAUUUAUAUGUGGUCCUGGAAUAAAUUAUUUUUAAUAGAAAAACA